UGUGAAGGCGGAUUAAUGUAUUACCAAAACGAUAAUUUUGCUUUUAUUAUUUUAGAAAGUAUUUUGAAAAGCAAUUGCUCUCAUGUAUUUUUUUGUAUAAGUUACUUUUAUGUAUAUGACAUUAAGAUUAAUUUAAAUAGGUAUAACCUGACUUAUUUUAUAACUUUGAGUAUUUAGAUAUUUUUCUUAAGAUAUUUUUCGUUUAAAUAGUUUUCCCCUUUCGAAUGAAGGAUUUUCCUUCUAUAAAACUUUAAAUUGUUUUAAAGAGGUUUAUCAAAAAGGGGAGGUUACAACAAGUCUUGGAUGAAAUUUUAUGGAGAACUUGUUAAUCCUCCACCAAUUAGAAAGAGACCAGGGAAACCUAAGAAAAAUAAGAGGAAGUCAAAAGAUGAGCCUAAGAAAAUAUCCAAGGUAGUUAAAAUCUCAAGGAAAGGAAGGAUAAUGGCAUGUUCCCACUGCAAACAAGAGGGACACAAAAUGGCAGGAUGUCCAGUUAUUUCAAAUAAUGAGGUUGUUUCCUAUGGUCCUACAUCUUCUUCAACAUAGCAACCUUCUAUUGUAAAAGACAAGGGAAAAGUAAAGGUGACUACCAAUAGAAAACAAAAAGUCAAGAAAGGAAAGCAAUUAGGCAUAGGCAUGAAAGUGAAUGAGUACAUGGGUGCAAUGACAUGGAAUGUAAGUAAGAUAUUAGUUUAUUUACUUAAAAAAUUAUAUUUAAGUACUAGACUUUAUUGGUUGAAGUAGACUUUAUUGGUUGAAUUAGACCUCAUUGGUUUAAUCAAAAUCUAUUGUUUAUAACUUGGGUGGCCUUCUGAGUAUACCAUUAAAGAAGGCACUAUUGCAACAGCCAUGCCAACUUUCUAUCAGCAAAUAAGCAAUGCUUAGCAAGCCAACAAUUUUGCUGCAUCUUUGGACCAAAAAAACUUAUUUGUUAUUCCUUUUGAACAAAGAAGUAGUGCUCAACAAACUAAUUUUGAUGCUACGUCAUUGGAGCAACAAGCAUAUCUGUUAUGCCCCCAUCUGGAGAUGACAUGAGUCUUAACAAUGAAGACAACUAUUGGGUUGGGUUUUGAGAUAGAUAAAUAUGCCUUUUGUCUUUUGUGAAACUUAUCUAUAUUUGAAAUUUUAGUAUGUUGAUGUGGAUUAACUUGUUUCUAUAUGUGGACAUAUCCACAUGACUACAUGUUAUUUAGGUAGUUGGCUGACGGGAAAUUAAAAGUGGUCUGCAUUG